AUGAGCGCCAGUCGUGUCAUUAACGUGGUUGGAUGCCACGCGGAGGGUGAAGUUGGCGAUGUAAUCACCGGCGGUGUUCUAGAUGUGCCGGCCCCGAGCAUGUGGCACAAACUACAGCACUUUUUGACGCACAAAGACGAGCUGCGUCAGCUACUAUUGAAUGAACCAAGAGGAAGAUCACCAAAAAACACGAACUUGAUCCUCCCGCCAUGCAACCCCGAAGCCGCUGCAGGAUUCCUGAUUAUGGAAAGUGAGGAAUAUGCGCCAAUGUCCGGAUCCAACACCAUCUGUACGGCGACGGUACUCUUACAGACAGGGAUGAUCCCCAUGCAGGAACCAAUCACCAAAUUCUCUCUAGAUACGGCGGCUGGUCUGGUCGGCGUGACUGCGGAGUGCCAAGGUGGUAAAUGCAAAUCCGUGGCUUUUGAAAAUGUGCCCGCCUUCGUGGACCGGUUCGAUCUGCAGGUCGACGUCCCGGGGAUCGGGACCGUCUCCGCCGACAUUGUCUGGGGCGGGAUGUGGUACGCUAUCGUGGACGCAACAUCUGUCGGGAUGACCAUCGAGCCGAGCAAGGGCGCAAAGCUUGUGGAGCUCGGCGAAAGGAUCAAGUCAGCAUUGAAAGCUGCAUACACGCCUCAUCAUCCAGAGAACCCAGAAAUCAAGGGCAUCUCGGUGCUCGAAUUCACAGAGCCGCUUCACCAAGAUACCAUUGGGAAGGUUGCCAAGAAUACUGUUGUCGUGUCUCCCGGGCGUUUUGAUCGCAGCCCUUGUGGCACCGGCACCAGUGCGCGGAUGGCUCUGCUGCAUGCCAAGGGCCAGCUGGCGGUUGGAGAAUACUUCAAGCACACUAGCGUUAUUGAUACGGCUUUCGAGUGCCGUAUCUCUCGGACUGUCAAAGUCGGAGAUAUUGAUGCUGUCGUACCAAUCAUCAAGGGCAGAGCAUGGAUCACUAGCUACAAGCAGGUCGUCUUGGAUCCAGAGGACCCCUUUCCUACCGGAUUCAGAGUGGGGGACCAAUGGCAUGUCCCUGAUAUCGAGUCCUAG